CCUGAAAGGACUCAUUGUGGGGAGGGAUGAGAGAGAGUGUGUGUGUGUGUGUGUGUGAGAGGACCCCCUCCUCCCUCCACUAGCCGGUCAGCAGCGGAGGGAUCAGGAGAGCCAGCUCCGCUCGCUCGCGGCAGACGGAGGUGCGGAGAGGGGGAGAGGGGUCGACUGCGCUACGCGUGAAUCAUGCUCGUCGUCAUUACUACGGACUGGGAGUGGAGGCGAGAUUGUGCAAGAUGCGGAUAACAGCGGACUAAAUAAAAACGAAAAAGGAGGUCUCCGAGUCUCCCAGCUCUGUGCCGUGAACAUGUCCUCACCGGGGGCUCUGCCGCUGCGACGUCCCUCCUCACAUGUGCCUCAUGUUGGACCAGUGACCGGAGCCUUGUGAGGGGCCACUGCAACGAGCCCGGCGGAUCUUCCCCCCUCGUUUUUUUCUUUUUUACAUUUUUCAUUUCACCGUGCGGAGAAUCUUUUUUUUGUUGUUCUUCCUCGAGUGGACGUGGAGGACUGAAGAGGAAGAAGAAGAAGAAGAAGAAGAAGAAGUUGUACUUGUUGGUCCGACAGGAAACAUGGGGAACGCAGGGAGCAUGGAGCAGCACCCUGACUUCAGGGGCCACAACAUGCCCCUGAAGCUGCCCAUGCCCGAACCGGGGGAGCUGGAGGAGAGGUUCGCGAUCGUCCUGAAUUCGAUGAAUCUUCCCCCGGACAAAGCGCGACUGUUGCGGCAGUACGACAACGAGAAGAAGUGGGAGCUCAUCUGUGAUCAGGAGCGUUUCCAGGUGAAAAACCCGCCUCACACGUACCUGCAGAAGCUGAGGAGUUAUCUAGACCCAGCAGUCACAAGAAAGAAAUUCAGACGGAGGGUUCAGGAGUCCACCCAAGUCCUGAGAGAACUGGAAAUUUCAUUACGAACAAAUCAUAUAGGGUGGGUGAGAGAAUUCCUCAACGAAGAGAACAAAGGCCUGGACGUGCUGGUGGAAUAUCUUUCUUUUGCACAGUAUGCCGUCACGUUUGAUGGAGACUGUGUGGAGAAUAACCUGGAGGCUGCGAUAGACAAAUCUAAGCCCUGGAGCCGCUCUAUAGAAGACCUGCAUGGAGGAAGCACCCUGCCGUCUCCCAUCACGGGGAAUGGCAUCACGCGUGCCGGGCGACAAUCCACGUUACGCAGCAACACACUGCCCAGCCGGCGAACGCUGAAAAACUCCCGACUGGUGUGUAAGAAAGACGACGUCCACGUCUGCAUCAUGUGCCUCCGUGCUAUCAUGAACUACCAGUACGGCUUCAACAUGGUCAUGUCGCACCCACAUGCUGUGAAUGAAAUUGCACUAAGCCUCAACAAUAAAAACCCCAGAACUAAAGCUCUGGUCCUCGAGCUCCUGGCGGCAGUUUGUCUCGUGAGAGGCGGCCACGAAAUUAUUCUCUCUGCGUUCGACAACUUUAAAGAGGUGUGUGUGGAGACGCAGCGGUUCGAGAAGCUAAUGGAGUAUUUCAAGAACGAGGACAACAACAUUGACUUCAUGGUGGCAUGUAUGCAGUUCAUCAAUAUUGUCGUGCACUCAGUGGAAGACAUGAACUUCAGAGUUCAUCUACAGUACGACUUCACCAAGCUGUGCCUGGACGACUACUUGGACAAACUAAAACAUACGGAGAGCGAUAAGCUGCAGGUUCAGAUCCAGGCGUACUUGGACAACGUCUUUGAUGUGGGAGCCCUCCUGGAGGAUGCGGAGACCAAAAACGCUGCCCUGGAGCGGGUGGAGGAGCUCGAGGAGAACAUGUCCCAUAUGACAGAGAAGCUGCAGGACAUGGAGAACGAGGCCAUGUCCAAGAUCGUGGAGCUGGAGAAGCAGCUGAUGCAAAGGAACAAGGAUCUUGAAUCCAUCAGGGAAGUCUACAAAGACACCAGCUCGCAGGUGCACUCGCUGCGGCAGAUGUUGAAGGAGAAGGAUGAGGCCAUCCAGCGACAGAGCAACCUGGAGAAGAAGAUCCACGAGCUGGAGAAGCAGGGCACCAUCAAGAUCCACAAGAAGGGAGACGGCGACAUCUCCAUCCUUCCCUCGCCACCCGCCGGCACGGAGGGUGUGCCGGGUGGCGUGAUCGGAGGAACGAGCGGCGCCGUCAGUCCAAACCACGUCGGAGUCGUAGCAGGCGCGCCUGCUCCCCCUCCACCACCUCCUCCCCCUCCACUGCCGGUGAACGGCACAUUGCCAAACGGACCAUCAUCGGCCAUUCCAGCGGCGACGGCUCCCCCACCUCCUCCGCCACCUCCCCCUCCACCUCCUCCUCCACCCCCAGGGCUGGCCUCAGCGAUCUCAGCCCCGCUGCCUCCUCCGCCUCCUCCGAUGGCCCCCCCGCUGCCCGGCUGUGGGACGCCCACCGUCAUCAUGAACUCCGGGUUAGCUGCUGUUAAGAUCAAGAAACCCAUCAAGACGAAGUUCCGCAUGCCCGUCUUCAACUGGGUGGCCCUGAAACCAAACCAGAUCAACGGGACCGUCUUCAACGAGAUCGAUGAUGAGAGGAUACUCGAGGACCUGAACGUGGACGAGUUCGAGGAGAUGUUCAAGACGAAAGCCCAGGGCGCGCCGCUCGAGCUCACCAUGAGCAAGCAGAAGGUCAUCCAGAAGGGGCCCAACAAGGUGUCGCUGCUGGACUCCAACAGGUCAAAGAACCUGGCCAUCACGCUGAGGAAAGUGGGCAAGAUGCCCGAGGAGAUCUGCAAGGCCAUCCAGAUCUUUGACCUGCGGACUCUGCCGGUGGACUAUGUGGAGUGCCUGAUGCGCUUCCAGCCGACGGAGAACGAGAUUAAAAUCCUGCGGCAGUUCGAGAAGGAGCGCAAGCCGCUGGAAAGCCUGACGGACGAGGACCGCUUCAUGAUGCAGUUCAGUAAGAUCGAGCGGCUCAUGCAGAAGAUGACCAUCAUGGCCUUCAUCGGCAACUUCUGCGAGAGCAUUCAGAUGCUCACGCCGCAACUUCACGCCGUCAUUGCAGCGUCAGUGUCCAUCAAGUCUUCACAGAAGCUAAAGAAAAUUCUGGAGAUUAUCUUGGCACUCGGAAACUACAUGAACAGCAGCAAAAGAGGAGCGGUGUACGGAUUCAAGCUGCAAAGUUUAGACUUGCUACUCGAUACCAAGUCGACGGACCGUAAGAUGACAUUGCUGCACUACAUAGCCAAUGUGGUGAAGGAGAAAUACUCGCAGGUCUCUCUCUUCUACAACGAGCUGCACUACGUGGAGAAAGCUGCGGCAGUCUCGCUGGAGAACGUCCUGCUCGAUGUGAAGGAGCUGCAGAGGGGCAUGGAGUUGACCAAACGAGAGUACAGCAUGCACGGCCACAACACCAUGCUCAAAGACUUCAUCGCGCACAAUGAAAACAAGCUGAAGAAGCUGCAGGACGACGCCAAGAUUGCACAGGACGCCUUCGACGAGGCGGUGAAAUUCUUCGGGGAGAACUCCAAAACCACGCCGCCGUCCGUCUUCUUCCCCGUGUUCGUGCGAUUCGUCAAGGCCUACAGGCAAGCAGAGGAGGACAACGAGCAAAAAAAGAGACAGGAGCAGAUCAUGAUGGAAAAACUUCUAGAACAAGAGGCCAUGAUGGAGGAAAACCAAAAGUCUCCAUCCCAUAAGAACAAGCGGCAGCAGCAAGAGCUGAUCACGGAGCUGAGGAAGAAACAGGUGAAAGACAGCCGCCACGUCUAUGAGGGCAAAGAUGGAGCAAUUGAGGACAUCAUCACAGUGCUGAAGACCGUGCCCUUUACCGCCCGCACAGCCAAGCGCGGCUCUCGGUUCUUCUGCGAGCCCGCCCUCAAUGAGGAGUACCAUUACUAAAGCUUAUAGAACUCUCUCUCCUCUCAAAGAUUUGAGGAAUCAGCCUUACAGGCGGGCGGACGCCGUGCGGAGGAGCGUCAGGAGGCGCUUCGACGAUCAGAACCUGCGGCCGGUGAACAACGGUGAAGUGGUCAUGUGACGAGGGAGCGGUGCAUGUGCAGGAAGGGGGAGGUGGGGGUGAAGAAAAGGUGUGUGUGUGUGGGAGAGGGGGAGACGGAUGAUUGGAUGCGGAGCGAAGGCUGAUGAGCGGAAGAUGACGAGCGUUGUAGCAACCAUAGAGAGGAGUAUGUAUAUAUAUUACAUAAGAAUACGUGUUAUUCCAUGUCUGUGGUAUCGUAGCAGCUUCUCACGAUGAAGGACUGAAUUCAAAGAGACGUGUCUGAAAGGUCGGUUCAGAACACCUCAGACAAGCCAAGUGCCUGAACUUAUUUUUGUGGUCUAAUGUCGCACUGUGUUACUGUUUGUGCGUUUUGUUUUGUUUUUUAAUAUCCCCACUUAAAGCAAUACAAUUUGACCAGGCUUUAAUUUUGUUUUAAGGGUGUAAAACUGGACUUGAAGGCUUCAAGAGCCACGUGAAGAGACGCCUCCUUGGAAACAUAAUGUAGAAUGUACGGGACUCGUUCCCCUCAAGCUGUCACAAACAUUACGUCUUUCACCGACCAGUUUCACAACACUUGUCUUAUAUCAAUAUCUCGGUACAUCUCGGUGCUCUUUUUCCCAUUCCCCUUUUUUCUACACAAACACACAUCUCACGAUGCUUCUCAUCUCUGACUGCAAGGGCGGGGAGAAUAAUAAUGAAAACAUCUAUAUUUGUACUUAAUUAAGUAUAAGUUAGAUGACAAAUGAAUGAAAAAGUAAACAACAACAAAAAGUAAUUCUUUGCAAAACAAGACCAGGCUAAUGUGAAUUGUACAUAUCAGAGCUGUUCAUACGGACGUCUCUUUCAUCAGUGACUUUGUCGCUCUUCAUCCAGAAGAGGAGGCUGCCUGCUCUCACACGACGUCACCGUCCAUUUCUACAACGCGGCAAUUUAUUUGACUGGUUUCUGGGAACAAGAGAAGCGAUGUGAAAUGAGAUUUUUUUUUUUCUACCGAACACAGAAGCUGCACAAAAAAACGGUUCUGAAUCCUACCGGAUGGUCUCACUGUCAAAACUGGACAUAACAUUGUUAGCAUUGUAUUUCUGUAAAACUUAUUUACAGUUUAAUCAUAUUCGGGGCUACUGUCUACUCACUUUAUUGUAAUUUUAAUGUAUAGUAUUUAACCACUGAAAAGAUUCCUUUAAGCUCAUGUUUCUGUCUAUGGGCCAUUAGAACGAUGGCGAAGCAGAAGUUACGCAACACAAAAAGUUUCCUAAAUGUACAGAUAUUUUGCUACAAACCAUGUUGUUGUUGUUUUUUACUUAUUCACAUUACCAGAUGGUUAAUAUUGUACAUAUUGUUUAAACAAAAAGUUUCCAUUGCCUUGUGCUAUACAACUUGAAUGUUAUUUUAACUUAUAGAUUUUGUCUCCUUUUUUUUUUGUGUAUAUUUAAUGAAGCCAAAUGCAGCCAGAAUCUUCAGUAGUCACGUCUCACAGCAGCAGGAUCGCUCGGUUUGAUCGUGGCUCAUGUCACACGUGUAUCAGAGCCAGCGACAAAAACAUGCAACAUGUUCUGGGUUAUUAUUUUUUUUCAAGUGAUCAAGCGUUUUGAACUUUACAAACUCAUUGUUAACAAUUGAACUAGUUUUAUGUUUGUUGACCUGCGAUGAUGAGCCGGCUCUGUGGCUCAGUGAUGCACCUUUCUGUCUCGACUGUAAUCAUCUCUUCUCGUAACUUCACCGUCUGUAAUAGUGUCAUUUCUCUAACUGGAUAAUACUGGCAUGUUUUCUUUUUGUCUUUGUCUUUUUUCUUUCACCAGAAAUGUAUUUUAGGCAGUUUGUGCUUAUUACAAAAAUAACAAGGUCUUUUUAAAAAAAAAAAGAAAUUAGGUGAUAUGAGAUUUUCAACGAAUAUGAUCAAAUAAACUAUUUACAUGGA